GCUCCUGCUGGCGGAACCAAAGCGCGGGCUUGCGGGGCGGUGAGGGGCUGCUGCUGGUGCACCGCUAGGCGUGCUGCUCUCCUGUACCCGGCUGCAGCGGGACGCGGCCCGACACGAUGCUGCUGCUGCGGGCUGCGGGCUGUCGGCGUGCCGUCGCCCCGGCUUCCGCUGUUGCCGCAGCCGUCUGGCUGAGGGGCGCUGCUCACCACGGGCUCCCUGCCGCUCUCCGCCACCGGGCGGCCCUGCCCACCUCCACCGGGACCCAGCAGGUUACAUCUCUUCAAGGACUGGCUGUUCGCAGCCUCAGCACAUCCACCCCUCAUGAUCACCCAGAACACGGAAGAUUAGUUUAUAAAGGAAAUAUGGCAAAGGCAGUGUUAGGUGUGAAGUUUUUCUCUUACUCCACCAGCAUAUUCAACCUGUUCAUGAUGCCCUACCUCAUGUUCAAAACUGGUAUUGGAUUUGAAAGUCUGUUUAUCCAAGCUGCUUUUUAUGGGAUGGUCGGGUUUUUUACAUUUGUAACUCCAGUUACGUUGCAUGUCCUUACAAAAGGCUACGUGAUUCGACUGUAUUAUAAAGAUGAAAUGGACACAUACACAGCCAUUACAUACAAUGCAAUCUUGGCAGAAAAAGCAACUGUUUUCCAUCAGAAAGAUGUAAAGAUUCCAGACAUCACCAAGAUGUUUACAACAUUUUAUGCUAAAACAAAAUCAAUGCUUGUUAAUCCUGCACUUUUCCCAGAUCCUCAGGAUUUUAACCGUCUCAUGGGCUAUGACAAAUCCUUUUAUUUUAACUUAGAGGAAGAAAAUGAAGCCAAUGAAAAGAAGUAAUUCAAAGAUAAUGAAUGUCACUAUCAUUGUUCACGGUGCCAUGCUAUAAAUGGGAAAGAAUGUAAAAUUCUCUUACACUUUUUUAAGUGUCAGAUAGCUAGAGUUUCCCCAAUGCAUUUUUUGAAUGUAUAAAAAACCCCAAAAUAUUUUUUAAACUUAAAAAUAAUGUGAGGGUUUCUUCAGAGUUAACAACACAAAACAUAGUAAAAGAAAAGAAAAAAAUACAACAUUAGAUCUGUCUUGUGCUUCUUUGUUCUUGGCUUGUUUUUAUUGUUAACUAUCCAAGAGAACUGUGAAACACAUGGGCUGUGCAGCAGUCUCACCAUCUCCAUUGCAAAGAGAACAGUUCCUUUAAGAAGAAUCAGCAGUGCUCAUUACCUGUCAAGUGCAUAGUUAAGCUUUUAAGCUUUAAAGAUUAAUUAUCCUUAAUCCAAAAAGAUCAGGCUGUUUCAUCAAUGCUGCUGGUGGUAUAAAGGGGUGGAAAUGAAUUUCACUUUGCUUUGCGAGAGCAUUGGUAGCCAGGAGGAGUCCUCAGAAAGCAGACAGAUACUGUUGCUGGUUCCUGCUGCAGCUUCCGUCUACAGGUCUGCAGGCCUCUGGAGAAGAUAGAGAGAAUGGCUGCGUUGUCAUAAUCUCUAGCUACUCACAACUUCUCAAUGGUUUCUUGAUCUAGAGCCCCAUUCUGAGCAGCCCUGACCCCAGAGGUCGAGAGCUAGAAGCCUUUCUCUUGCUGGGGGGGGAAAGCGCCUUAGCAUAAGAUUUGCUCUGUGCAUGUGUCAUCAUAAACAGGUGCUGUAUCUGAACUGACUUCAAGAAAAUAGUAGCAGCUGGUUGUUAAAAUGGAUUCUGUGAACAUGUAAGGUGCAGAAGCAGAAGGGAAUCUGCUGUAGAGUGGUGUUUAUAACUUGUGCCUUUAAAAACAUAUCUCUUGAUUUAAGCACUGCAAAGAAAGCCACCUUUAGCUCCAGUAAAGGAUUGUCUUUUUUGUGUGACUAGACUUGUUAGUUUUGCAGUCUGAGUAUGCAGAAAUUGGAUUUAACUAUUUUUAGUCCAAGGAGAAGUUUGUCACAUAAACUGACAGGUACCUUUUUUUCAAAUAAUGAAGGGCAUAAUAUUUUGAGGCUUAAAUAUGACUGAAUUAA